AUGAGCAAAUUCCAAAGCAUGUUUGCAGCUCUUGACACUGAAGAUGUACCAGUUCAAGCUAACGUUCAGGCUCAACAGAAAGCUGGUGAAAAGAAACCAGCUCCAAAGAAAACUGAGCAACCAAAGCCAGUCACUGCAAAUUAAGAACAAUAACCAAGAGAGAGAUAACAAAGAGAUAGACCACCCAGACAAUACCAAGAUGGUGAAGAAGGUGAAUUCAGAGGAGGCAGAGGUAGCUACAGAGGAGGUUACAGAGGCGACCGCGGAAGAGGCGGCAGAGGCGGUUACAGAGGUGAUUACCAAGGUGAACAAAACGAAGAAGGCGAGCAAAGAGAAGGCGGAUAUAGAGGCAGAGGUGGCUUCAGAGGUGGAAGAGGCAGAGCUCAAUACAGACCAAAGACAGCUGCAGUUGAAGGUGGAGAGGAAAUCCAAACUACCGAGACUGGCGAGGAAGUUAAAGAACAAAGAAACUUCGGCCACAGAGGUGAGAGACACGGCUACCAAGGUAAGCCAAGAGAAGAUUAUCACCCAUACGACAGACAAGAUGGAACCGGAAGAGCUAGAAGAGCCCCAAAGAGAGCAAACUACAACGAGCAAAUGGUCUAUAAGAAGAAGGGUGACCCAGAUCCAGAAGUUCAACCAACCGAAGGUGAAGUUGAGGAAAGACCUCAAAGAUCCCAAAGAGGUGGUAGAGGCAGAGGUGACAGAUACCCAAGAGGAGAUAGAAGACCAAGAGAACCAAGAGAAAACCAAGAAGGUGAGGAGAAGAAGGAAGAGACUGAAGCUAAGCCAGAAGGUGAAACCGAAGUUGAGCAAAAGACUGAGGAACAACCAGCUGCUGAAGGUGAAGACCAAAGAAGAGACAGAAGAAGAGAUGAAAUCGUUGAAGAGGAAGAAGUUAAGGGACUUACCCUUGAAGAAUUCAAAGCUUAACAAAAGUCAAGAUAAGCUAACUUGAAAAAGGCUGAAGGAAGAAAGGUCGAAACCGUGACUGCUAAGAACAUCGAAAAGGUUGAAGCUCAAAGCCAAAAGAUUACUUAAAUCUCAACUGCCAUUAAGGAUACUGAUCUCUACAACGCAGGAUCAGCCAAGACUGAGCAUGCUCAUUUGUUAGGAUUCCAAGGUGGUGCUGACGAAGAAGACUUCGAUGGAGAAAGAAGAGGCGGCAGAGGAGGUCGCGGCGGCAGAGGUGGCCGUGGUGGAAGAGGCGGCGAAAGAGGCGGCGAUAGAGGCUUCAGAGGUGACAGAGGUGGUGCCAGAGGUGGCGAUAGAGGCUUCAGAGGCGAUAGAGGUGGAAGAGGAAAGAAACUUCAAUUCAACGAGGAUGCUUUCCCAACCCUAUGA